AUGAUGUCAUGGUUCCGUGAGUUAUCCCAACUAAUUCCUCUCCAGAUUCUAAAGUUUCAGACUUCACCAAGUGUCUAGUCGUAAUAACGGUAAUUUCAAAUAUGCAAUGGCCAAUCUUAAAAAAAUGAUAAUUGGUUCGAACAUGACGAUCAUAGCUUGUGGUCAGGUUUUUCAGAAAAUUCUGGUCCACAAAAAUUAUUCGAUUAUCUAAAUUGGGAAUCAGUAAAAUUUAGUGAAUCCCUCGAUGAAAAACCGCAAUAUAAAACAUUAUCCAAACAAACUUGGGAUACUGAAUUAACAAUUCGACUUCGAAGUCAGAUGGGAUUUCAAAUGACAAGAAAGAUUGCGAUAAAAUUAACAAUGCCUAGAUUCUCCAAACCAACAUUGAAACCCACAAUUCGAAAAAUGAAACCAAUCAUUUUUAAUAGGUUUGAAAUCACUGGAGGUUGUGUGGGUUCGGAAAGUUUUGAUAAAUCUAUGAUAACUAAUGAAUGGGAACCGAAAAUUAGAAAAUUAUCGAAAUCAGCUCAAGAAUUUAUGAAAGAAGUUAUCGAAUCGAUUCCAUUUUCUGAUUUUAUCAAUUUAUUUGAUUUGAAGAGUGUGAUUAUUAAUGAAAAACAACUUCGAUUAAACAAAUGUGAGUCUGAAAACCCUAGUGAUUUAAUUAUAUUCUUAUUAGAUGAAUUCGCUGAUUAUUUGGAAUCAUUUUUCAAUCGAUACCAACAUCGAUCUGAUCUGAAAAGCCUUCAACUAACAACAGAAGAAUCUCGAAAAAAUUAUGAAUCAAAAGUUGAAACAAAAAUCAUAACUGAAAGUGUGGAUCAUAUGGUUUUUCAAACAUCUCAAAUUUUCGAGAAACAGAGAGAUGAAUCGAAAAAGGUGAUUUGGCAUUAUCUAAUUGAAGUUUCCUGUGAAGCAUCGGGAUCUGCGAGGAUUUGGAAAAUUCGAAGAAUGCAUUUUAGACCAUCUUAUGAGUUUAUUAAAAACAAACAAAAAACUGUGGAAAUAAUGACAGAUGAUAUUGACUUUUUGUUGAAAGAGUGGGUUUUUGGAAGCAAUUAGACCUUUGGUGCAGGCCUGAUCGGAAUCGGAAUGUCGGAGUUCCGAAAUUCCGAAACCGACAGGUUUUUCGGAAUGAGACAAACGUGUCUCGGAAUCGGAAUCUAUUUUCUCGGAAUCGGAAUCAUUCCGAUGUUACUUCCGAAACUUUUUGGAAUUUCGGAAUGUGUUUCUCUUCCGAAUUUCGGAAUUUUUCUACCGCAUUUCGGAAUUUUUCGGAAUGUUUGAGCUGAAAUUAGUGAAAAAUUCAACAAAAAAUGGAAAAGUUGAUGAAUUUUACCUGUCAUUUUCAGAAAAUCUCUUUUUUUCUUGUGAUUCUCGAAAAAUGUAACUUUUGAAGACAAUUUUUUUAAGUUUUAUAUCAUUCCGAAACAUUCCGAAAAAUUCCGAAAUUCCGAGGUAAAAAUGUCGGAAUAGAGGUUCGGAAUUCGGAAUUACGAUCUGACUACUCGGAACGAGUGUGCUCAUUCCGAACCUUCCGACAAGGUCCAUUCCGAUCAGGCCUGCUUUGGUGUAAAAUACUUUUAUUCAGAUUCGAACAUGCGACCAAUGGCAAUCAAUUGAAAAUGAAACCAGCUUACUAUAUUCGAAGAUUUUCAAAUAAGAUCCGCUUCGAAUCACCAGAAUUGACACCAAAGCUUUCAAAUGGCGCCGAUCUUUUUCCCAGUUAUUUUGAAGCUCCUCCAUCUUUAAGAGUAAUGUCUUCUGAGAAUUAUUAUCAAUCCGAAUUCUAAUUUUUACAGCUCGAAAACUGCAAAACAAAAAUGAAUGACAACGACAAAACAUACAUUGUCCAUUUUGGUUGUGAGCACAUUUAUUCAGAUUCACGUGGAUGUGGGAAAGAUCUCAGAAGAAAUAUAAGUUUCGAACUUCGUGGAGAAGCGGUAAGGACUUACAAUUAGGUAUUGAAUCAGGAUAAAUAAGUUUUCUAGGAUCCGAAACUAGAUAUUGUCAAUAUUCAUAAGAUUUUGGUGAAGGAUCGGAUAAAAGUUUGUGAGAAUGUACAUAAGAUUGAUUUGAAAUAAUCUAAUUUUUAUAGUAUGUUGGACCUGAACUUACAGGGAUGGAACUUAUUACUCAUGUCUUCAUGGAAAAUACGGCAAAAUUGUAGGUUAUAAUAUAUAAAAUCAACAUUUCCUAACUAUGGUUUUCAGAUUAAUUGGACAGUCAAGUUUGGAAUAUGCAAACUGGGAAGAUAAUCUGAAGCAAAUUAUAGAUCCGAUUGUUCCAUACAAUUUUGAAUUUGAAAUUUGUGGUAAAACUAAAAUUGAUGAACACGGGUUAGAGAAGUUCAAGCUUAAUCUAAAGCGAAAAAGAAGACAGAAUCGAUUGAUGAAAUUUGAUGCAACAAUUAUUUUGAGAAAAUUAGAAAGGAAGUUAUUGUUCAGUGUGCAUUUCACAUCAAUCAAUAAUUUGGGAUUUUAUGUGAAAGAAGAAUAUUGGUUUGAAGCUGAAAGACUUGUUCUUACAGGAGAUUGGAGAAUUAUCAAAGUUCAAGUUAAAGAUUAUUGUAUUGAUGAUGAAAAAAAGUUCAACAAGAAUUUAAUUUUACCUUUCAAUAGUUCGACGAUUUCUCGACCAGAAUCUAAUAAUAAAAUUGACGAGUUUAUGAAGAAAUUCAAGUGAGUUUUCAAGUGAGUUACACAAAUUUUCAAGUUAGCAUAAAACAUUAAAGACUACCGCAUAUUGAACAAUCUGAAAAUGUCAACGAUUUGUAUUCUCGUGAUUUUCAAGGGAUUAUUGAAACAAAUCCAAAUAUCAGCGAGGUUUAUGAUUUUGAGGAUUUCAAAAUUUAUAUGAGAAACUUUGCAGAAGGCAACAAAUUGAAACAUUUUAAAGUAGGAAUUUUGUUAACUCAAUAAUCAUAAUUUUUACUUGAAAAUUCAAUUACAGAAAGCUGUAAUCAUAACAAAUGAGCCAGAUCAUUUUGUUUUAAAAAUCAAAAUGAUUUGCGAUCAAUUAAUCUUGGAUCAAAAUCAGAAUUCGAAUGAUGAAUGGACAUUUUUGAUUUCGGUUAAGUUAUCUGAAAAACAUUGGAAAGUGACACGACUUGUGAUGACACCACCAAUCAAUCUACUUGGAAAUGACAUUCUGAAACACCGCUCUGAACUGCAUUUCAUUUUGUCGACACUUAACAAGUGAGUGAAGCGAAUGAGUGAUUUGAGAAAAUAAAAAAAAUUCAGUUAUGAUCGGAUUGCUAACAAUUUUCGAAAUAUGACUGAGAUGUGGGAGCCAAAGAAAAUCGAAAAAUGCGACCAAACUGCUACAUUUUAUGACACAUAUACAGAUUACAUCGAAUUCAAAAAACGAUUCGUAGGAUUUCUGCUCAUGGCAGAUACAAAACCACCAGUAAAAUCAAAAUUGGAUAUGCCAAUGUCCUAUGUGAAUCCAUUAGUUUUCGGAAUAAAAUACACUUAUAAAGUGUCAGGGAUUACAAAGUUCAUUGAUGUUAUAAGCCAUACUGAAUACGUAUGAACUCAGAUUGUUUUUUUUUAAAUGUAGUGAGAAUUAUUUUCAGAAUUACAAGCAUGGACAUCAUCACAUUUCGAAAACCGAGUUAAAAUGUCCAGAGAUUUCAAAUGACUGA